UAUCAACUCCACGAAACCAUAGCACUUCUCUCCACUGGCUCCUGAAACCCAUAGAAUAAUUCCCUUGUCGGGCCUCAUGUGUACCUGUCGCUCGAUUUUCUCAUAGACUAGACGAGCCUAUUACGCUAUGCGGAGAUUGGUGACAUCAUGGAAGUCUUCCUUUCAAAGAUCACUCAGCAGGCGAUGAACUAUGCCAUUCGCUCUGGUAUAACCAUCACGAGCGGGUUUGCAAUCAAACAAUGUUCUCGCCUUUUGAAGACAGUUGAAGGAUCGACCAAGGAUGAAAUCACUGAUCUCCAACUCCGCUUGGAGAGCAAAAUCCGGAUCCUGUCACCCGCUAUCGACAUGAUUGAGUUGAUCGCAGCAAGAGGAAACACGUCACUGGAAUCCGCAGUUUCAUUGACCAAAUCAUUGCGUUUUGACAUUCAGUCACUGGGCAUCAGACUUUCGAAAGCUGCAAGCGACGGGGAGGCCGUGAGCGACGGCAAGUUGAGAAGUUCCGCUCGUACGCAGGCCGAGCUGGAGAUUAAAAUGGUCAUCAAUGACAUGAAGAGACUGUUGGCUCGUAUUGAGGAUGCUGUCCCCUUAAUCAACUUGGCUAUCACAACCUCAGGCGCUAGCCUCUCAACAGAUUUGCCUCGCACAGUCUCAGCGUCUCGGUUACUCCAAGCCAGCACCUUCCUAACGGCAGCAGACACUCAAUAUUCAAUAACUCCAGGACACGCGAUCCAAGUGGGACCGUCAUUUCACCUUUCCAUGUACAUGCUUUUCUCGGGCCAUGCCAAUCGACCCCAGGACAGGGAGAACAUUCGCGAAACCACGUGGAAAGAAGUCAUACACAAAGCCAAGGUGAGGCUGCUUCGGGUUCCGCUCCGUGAUAUCGGCGUUCUGUCCUCGGAAUUAGCGACCGGCCACCCGUACAGGAGUGUAGAUACCAUCCCUGCGGAACAACAAGCACAUGAGUUCGCAUACCAGCUUCUAAUAGUCGAGGACCUUGACGAUGACCGAGUUCACACCUUUGAAGACGAUCAGCCGCAACCUGGUCCAUUUGGCGAUGUCGCUAUGGCAGGCAUUCGAACCCUCCUGCCAAUUCAUGAGAUCUCGAAGAUUUUCUACGCUGACACUGGCAAGAUUCUGAAUAUCGGCUCACAAGGAGAAGCCAACAACCCCGUUCUGCUACUAAAGCGGGAUGUUAAUGCGGCAUUGCCUCGACGUAUGGUGGAUAGGCAGACAUCUGGAGAGGGUGGGGAAGAACUGGCCUUACCCCUGAAUCUCACCCAGGAAUCCUAUUCGUCUGAAGAGGAGGAUUACGAGCCCGAGUCGCAAAAUCUAGAGGGCACGUCUGAUCAAUACGACCAGGAGAGGCAUCAACAAUUGCCCCGAAGUGGUGAUCCAUGGUCCCUACCCCCAAAUCUUGACCCAGAAUGGAUGGCUUUUGAGGUGUUUGUCGAGAGUUCUGGGUCUGAUGACGACGAAGAGCCCUCGAACGAGGAUGCCACCUCAACUAGCCCAAUACCGUCAUCCCCCCCACUGACCGAAAAUGCUAAAACGCGGCGCAAGCCCGGGACUCGGUCAACAUCUCGUUCUCAGUCAUUAGACCCCUCCCUGGCAUCUGCUCUUUCUCAUCUGCACCUAGAGAAUUCCACACCAGGUUCAGGUCAGAUGGAGCGAUGGCAACGAAGCCCUACUCCGAUGACACCAGCUCCCCUUACACCCGAGACUCUCGCUCGUGCACCAUCCCUCCCCCCAUUGCGCACGUCGCUUUCUCUUCUUGAGCUGUUAAUCCGUCUCACAUCGUUGCAGCAGUUUCAACAGACUUCGCAUCUCUCCAUCACCGACGAACUGUUGAAUUUCUUCCUCAGUGAGAGUAGCACUGUAGGCGCAGGGAACGACUCGGCUUAUCGCCAACGUGUCCGUGCAGAGGCAAGACGUCGCGUUGGCUUCGACCCUUAUGAUGAAAGCCCAGUCAAAUGGCGGACGGAGGACGACAUCGCUCAGAGAGAGCUGGAUGAUCGCGAGCAGUCAGUUGGGUCGGCUAACUGGGAAAGUCGAAAUGCCACUCCAAAGGAGGAGGGGGAACUCGUAUCUUCAUAUUGGCAAAGAACCUCCACUCCAGAUCGGCCUGCCCCCUCUAGUCCAUCUGCAUUGAGGCAGAGCAUUCCCAAGAGAAGCAGCCAAAUUCCAGGCGUAGCCCCGAAUAAAGCCCGCCCGUGGCUUAGGAGUACGAAUGGAAGAACGCGGCUGCAUGAGUCUAGCGCUGCAGAAAGUCCACCUUUUCCAUCGUCCCCAUCUCCCGCAAAUAUGGAUGGUCGUGAAGAAAAGCAGCUCUGAAGGAUCCCUGAUGGUUUCAAGCAUGCAGAGUGGGACAAUUACAGAUUUUGAGAGGCCAUACGAAACUGGUGGGACUGGUUUUGAGCAGCAAUAUACUGGCAACACAACCAACGAUAAAUACGACGACGCUUAUGAAAUUCAAAUAUGAGUCUUGCAGAAUACGAUUGGUGGCAUGGUAUCAUCUAAUCACAGUAUUCCGACGGCUCAUGCAAAUGAAGGAUGAAUCUUCCCCCCAGUCCGUUCCAUAAGACGAAUCGGGAGCAAUUCAUCGUAGUAGUGCUUUGCCCACGUACACACUACAUAGCGCGUAUCGGCCGGGUCGAUAAUCU